AUGAGGAAGAUGAUGGAUUCCUUCCCAGAUGAUCUAUGGGCUAUUAUACUUGUUCUAUUACCUCUAAAAACCAUCACAGCUUCAAAAUUGGUUUGCAAGCAAUGGAAAUCAAUCGUCGAAUCUUCUUUUUUCCGCGAGCUUUUCAUUUCUCACCAUGAAAACUCGCAUUCUUCUCCAUGGUCGCUCAUGUGCAAGAACGAUCCGGUAGAAGUGCUGUCUCAUUAUGGAGGCGAGAUUUGGGGUCUUGGGCGAUCUCUUAACUCUUACAUUUACUCUUUCCUAACCAAGAAGUUCGUGAACCACCAGGAGAUAUACAAACAUGCCAAAGUUGUGGCUUACACUGAUGUUGGUUUGGUAUUGAUCCGUGUCGUGUCUCUCUUCGGUAACGUAUCCUACUUCGUGGCUAAUCCAGUUUCAGAAGAAUGCGUAGAAACCGAUCCUCCAUGGUUCGAGCCGAUGCAUUAUUUCUGGCCACUGGGAAUUGCUACACGAACUGAGAAAAACGGGGUCCUUUCAGGUUUCAAAGUUGUUCUGCUUUUUGAUGCAAUGGCAGUGCCAUGGAAAAAGAGCUUAAAGUUUCUGGUGUAUUCCUCUGAGACUGGCUUGUGGAGUCUCGAAACUGUUCAGGUUCCUGUCUUCUUUUGGAGACACGAUUAUCACAAUCCCAUUAGCUCCAAUGGGAGUCUCCACUGGCUCGCCCGAAACCACAACAAUGAUGAAGCUGUUGUAUCCAUCGAUUUCUACUCUGCUGGCACGGGUUCUGUUCUUGUUACGCCUUUCCCUGAUUUAGGAAAAUCUCCAAAAUUCAAUAGAGCUUGCACAACUUGUCAAGGGUUUCUCGUGUACAUGAACGUAGUCUCUGUAACCAAAGAUGAUGGGAGUGUAGAUGAUAGGUUUAGCGUAUGGAAGCUUAAGAGCCGGAAAUGGCAACUAGUAUCUGAAAUCGUCCGCGAGAAUGGUUUCAAUUAUAUUCCGUUUGCUAUAAACCCAAUUGACGGUAAGUCAGUCUACUUUUGGAGCACCUAUGGCAAUUGUUUGCUAUCAAUGAACUUACUCAAUGGAGAAUUUGUGUGUCUCAAUAAGUUCGAACGUGGUUGUAUUUCGAGUUCCAUUGAAUGCGCGAAAGUUAUGGCAUGCAUCAGAGGGCCAAUCUUUUCAUCGUUCGUUCUGCCACUAUGGGUGCAUCGGAUCCCGAACAAGUUGAGAGAAGUUUAG